AUGGACCCCCCCGCGGCCAAGCGGAGUCGGAGCUGCCCCGCGGGACCGAAGGAGCGCGAUGCCGGGGCCGGGGCCGUGCGCGGCCGGGGCCGGCCCGAGGCGCUGCUGGACCUCAGCGCCAAGCGAGUAGCCGAGAGCUGGGCCUUCGAGCAGGUUGAGGAGCGUUUCUCCCGGGUGCCGGAGCCGGUCCAAAAGCGCAUUGUGUUCUGGUCGUUUCCGCGCAGCGAACGGGAGAUAUGCAUGUACUCAUCGCUGGGCUACCAGCCUCCAGAGGGCGAGCACGACACGCGGGUGCCCUUCACCCGAGGGCUGCACCUGCUGCAGAGCGGGGCCGUGGACCGCGUGCUCCAAGUGGGCUUCCACCUGAGCGGUAACAUCCGGGAGCCCGGAGGCCCCGGGGAGCCCGAGCAGCUCUACCACGUGUCCAUCAGCUUUGACCGCUGCAAGAUCACGUCCGUGAGCUGCGGCUGUGACAAUCGCGACCUGUUCUACUGUGCCCACGUGGUGGCCCUGUCUCUGUACCGCAUCCGGCACGCCCACCAGGUGGAGCUGCGGCUCCCCAUCUCCGAGACGCUGUCCCAGAUGAACCGGGACCAGCUGCAGAAGUUCGUGCAGUACCUCAUCAGCGCCCACCACACCGAGGUGCUGCCCACCGCCCAGCGCCUGGCCGACGAGAUCCUCCUCCUGGGCUCCGAGAUCAACCUGGUGCACGGUGCCCCUGACCCCACGGCGGGUGCGAGCAUUGAGGAUGCCAACUGCUGGCAUCUGGAUGAGGAGCAGAUCCAGGAGCAGGUGAAGCAGCUGCUAUCCAACGGUGGCUACUACGGCGCCAGCCAGCAGCUGCGCUCCAUGUUCUGCAAGAUUCGAGAAAUGCUGCGGAUGCGGGACUCCAACGGGGCGCGCAUGCUGAUCCUCAUGACGGAGCAGUUUCUGCAGGACCCGCGCCUGGCCCUGUGGCGGCAGCAGGGCGCCGGCAUGACGGACAAGUGCCGGCAGCUGUGGGACGAGCUGGGGGCCCUGUGGGUGUGUGUGGUCCUGAGCCCCCACUGUAAACCGGAAGAGCGGACGAGCUGGCUCCAGCUGCUGGGCAAGUGGGACAAGUUGGACGUGUGCCCGCUGGAAGAGGGCAACUACUCUUUCAACGGUCCGCGCCUGCAGCCUGCCACAGCCCUCAACCCAGAGCUGCUACAGAAAGGCUCCACCUGCAUCACCAACACGGAAGGAUGGGUGGGUCACCCCCUGGACCCCGUCGGCUGCCUCUGCAGGGCGCUCCUGGAGGCCUGUCGCCUGGAGGAAGAGACCCUUGCCCUUUACCCAGACUCGGGCCCUGAGAAGCGGAAGGUGGCCUACCAGCAUGUGCCGGUGCCCGGGAGCCCUGGGGAGUCCUACCUGGCGCUGGCGCUGGAGGUGGCGCUGCUGGGCCUGGGGCAGCAGCGGGCCCUGCCCGAGGGGCUGUACGCCCAGGACAAGGUGGUGCGCAGCGAGGAGCAGCUGCUGGCGCUGCUGGAGGAGGUGGAGCUGGACGAGAGGCUGGUGCAGGUGCUGCGCAAGCAGGCGGGGCUGCUGCUGGACGGGGGUCCCUUCAGCGGCUUUGGAGAGGUGCUGUUCCGGGAGAGCGUGCCCAUGCACACCUGUGCCCGCUACCUGUUCACCGCCCUGCUGCCCCACGACCCCGACCUGGCCUACCGCCUGGCGCUGCGAGCCAUGAGGCUGCCUGUCCUGGAGACAGCACUUCCGGCUGGAGAUCCUCACUCCAACCCACUGGACUCCGUCAUGAGUAACCGCUUCCCACGCUGGUUCAUCCUGGGCCACCUGGAGACUCGCCAGUGCGAGCUGGCCUCCACCAUGCUGACGGCUGCCAAGGGAGACCCCAAAUGGCUGCACACAGUAUUGGGCUCCAUCCAGCAGAAUAUCCACUCUCCAGCCUUGCUCUUCAAGCUGGCACAGGACGCCUGCAAGACAGCCACCCCGGCCAGCGCACCACCAGACAUCACCCUGCUGGGCAUUGCCCUGGAGCUGGGCCUGCAGGUGAUGCGGAUGACCCUGAGCACCAUGACCUGGCGGCGGCGGGAGAUGGUGCGCUGGCUGGUCAGCUGUGCCACGGAGAUCGGUGCGCAGGCGCUGAUGAACAUCAUGCAGAACUGGCACUCCCUGUUCACGCCGGUGGAGGCGGCCACCAUCGUGGCGGCGACGGGCACCACGCACGCCACGCUGCUGCGGCUGCACCUGGACGCACCGCGGCGGGAGGAGCUGUGGGCCUGCGCCCGCGCCCUGGCCCUGCAGUGCGCCAUGAAGGACCCGCAGAACUGCGCCCUGCCCGCGCUCACGCUGUGCGAGAAGAGCCACGCGGCCUUCGAGGCGGCCUACCAGAUCGUGCUGGACGCCGCGGCCGGCGGCCUGGGCCACGCGCACCUCUUCACCGUGGCCCGCUACAUGGAGCACCGCGGGCUGCCGCUGCAGGCCUACAAGCUGGCCACGCUGGCCCUGGCGCAGCUCAGCAUCGCCUUCAACCAGGACAGCCACCCCGCCGUCAACGACGUGCUCUGGGCCUGCUCCCUCAGCCACUCCCUGGGCCGGCACGAGCUCUCCGCCAUCGUCCCCCUCAUCAUCCGCAGCAUCCACUGCGCCCCCAUGCUCUCCGACAUCCUCCGCCGCUGGACCCUCUCGGCGCCCGGCCUGGGGCCCCUGGGGGCUCGCCGGGCAGCCAAGCCCCUGGGCACGGACCGGGCGCCCCUCUGCCAGCUCCUGGACGCCGCGGUGGCCGCCUACAUCAACACCAGCCACUCGCGCCUCACGCACAUCAGCCCGCGGCACUACGGGGACUUCAUCGAGUUCCUGGGCAAGGCCCGGGAGACCUUCCUGCUGGCCCCCGACGGGCACCUCCAGUUCACCCAGUUCUUGGAGAACCUCAAACAGACGUACAAGGGCAAGAAGAAGCUCAUGCUGCUGGUGCGGGAGCGAUUCGGCUGA